AUCAAUUUGAUCACUACAACGAACAAAGCCGUAGGGUCAUACACAUCUUUCACCAAAUAAUCCUUGCCACAACAACCUUUCACAAAUUUCGCAUCAUUGUGCAUUAUAUAAUAUUAUAUCAGACUAUUCGUAUUGGUUAGUCGGGCUCAAGUCACAUAACUACCAAACGUGAAACCAUUCCUCAUUACUAUUCACGCCUAUCAAGAUGGAAAAGGACAAUGCCAAUCCUACUAUCCUAAACACUUCGCAGCUUCCGACAAGACAACGUAAAAAGGGACGCAAAGUUCAAAGAAAUGACGUGGCCAAAAUCAGCAACAUCAUGCGAAAGCCACAAUAUCUAUCAGAUCCCUUCUACGACAUCUCAUGGUCUGACGACACAGAGAGCGAUGACGAGUUCACUGCAGAACCCAUUGACGAACAGGAAGUAUACGAUCUGAUAUCGACCAUCUCUGACCCUGAACAUCCACUUUCCUUAGGCCAACUAGCGGUGGUUAAUUUGCCUGACAUUCAUAUAACACCGUCUCCAUCAGCAGGUGCGGAUCCCAAUACUUUGACGCGUGUCUUGGUCGAGAUCACCCCUACAAUUACCCACUGUUCACUGGCAACCGUUAUCGGCCUCGGUGUACGAGUACGUCUAGAACAGGCUCUGCCUCCCAACUACCGAGUGGAUAUCGUGAUCAAAGAGGGAACUCACAGCCAGGACGACCAGGUAAACAAGCAACUAGCCGACAAGGAAAGGGUUGCCGCAGCCUUAGAGAAUGACACCCUUAGGGGUGUCCUAGACAAGAUGCUGGAGACUUGCCUAUGAAAAUACAUUUCAUAGCUAGGUACCUAUCUAAUGUUGACA